AUGCUCUCAUGGCACUCACUGGAGCUAGUCUCAUGUACCAAGCUGCAGACCCUGUGGGCAGGCUACGGAUACAUCUGCGCCGUCACAGCACGAGCCUCGACAGACGCCGCAGCCCAGAAGCUUGACAGUCUGUGCAGGCUCCAAUCAGCUGGGACUACUGGGACGACAUAUCGCCUGAUACUCAAGCUCAUCUCGCCUCCGCGAGAUGGAAGAGCUGACGAGGGUCACCUGCGCAAGAUGCUGAGCUACGAGGUCGAACAGUACUUCUACGACCAGGUGGUGCCUCGGCUGAGUGCUGACCAGGUCGGGGUGGCACAGCGUCUCGCCUCGACGCGCGAUAGGCAAACAGAUGAACUGGCUGGCCUGACUGCCACGCUGAUGACGGAUCUGAGGCCCGAAUAUCCCGUUGCGGGGGAGAAGCGCGCCGUCCUGCAGCCAGUCCAGGUAACGGCCGCCCUGGAGUGGCUGGCCAGAUUUCACGGAGCAUCGUGGGCCUGGCUUCCCGACGGUGAUCUGGACAAGUACGUCCUGCCACCGCUGGAGGAGGCUUCGCGGGAAGACAGGGGAUCCAAGACCUGGUUGAACGGGGGGUACACCUACCUGGCCACGCGACGGUCAGAGUACCAGUCGCUGGUUGACGACGAAGACUCGGAGUGGUGCGAAGCCCUUUGCACACCGGUGAGAGGGUCGUCGGUUGCCGAGAUGGCUGCUGAGCUCCUCAAGCCCCAGGGCAGGGAUAUUGAGUCGUACAUCCACGGCGAUGUCAAGUCGGAGAAUCUAUUUACCACUCAAGACGGCACCCGCGUGGCCUUUUUCGACUUUCAGUAUGUUGGGCUGGGCCUGGGAGUCUGCGACCUUGCAAAGCUCUUUACGUGCUCCGUACCGCUAAAUAUGCUGGUCGGAGACGAUGAUGACGAGGAUGAAUUGCCCGAGGAGCUCGGAAUGCGUGCGGGGGAAAAGCGUCUCCUAGAGAAGUACAGACAUACUCUGCUGGCCAGCGACGGGGCCAAAUCGAUCAAGUACACAUGGGAAGACUUCAAGCACCACUGGGAGACGGCACUCGUUGAUUGGUGCCGGUUUCAGGCGUCCUGGGGAUUUUGGGGAAAUACAGAGUGGCUUGAGGCACGGGUGAGAUUCAUCAUCCGCGAUGCAGAGUGGAAGGACUGGCUGGUUAGGGAGUUGAGCUCAUAA